AUUCCUCAACAGCGAAUUCAACUUUGACAACCUGCAUACUCCAGCAGGUCGCCGAGUCAGAGACCAAAGCGCAGCAGCGGCAGCGCAUCAUCGAGGCACAGCGCAUCCAGCGCAACAUCAUCAUGAACGACCUCAAGCCCUUGCUGCUGGCCAGCGAGGAGCGCACCGAGUACGUGGAUUUGGAGCAUCCUGGGAUCCGCGUCGUUUUGCGCCGCAAUGUCACCAUUGCCCACGACAGCCAGAUGGCUGAUAGCAGCUGGCUUCGAGGCCGCCCUACGUGCGCACCCCACAGGUAGAUCCGAGUCGCUGCCAUUCGCUCUCUUUGAGCUCCACCUCGAUGGCCACGCCGAGUUGCCCGCCUGGCUCGGCCAAAUGUUUUUUGAGAGCUCCUUGGUGCGCCCGGUCCUUGACUUUGACCUGUACCUGCACGGCAUUGCCCUGCUGCGCGGCGACCUUGUUGACGAUCUUCCAUACUGGCUGGUCGACUACCACCGUGAUCUACUUCAUCCAAAAUCAACCGUCCCGUCGCUGCGCACUACCUCCAGCCAAUCCACCAAGUCGGUGACUAUUGAUGUACCACAGCUCCCGACAGAGACCACAGAGCUGCUGGGUGGGCCGCGCCGCAAUCUGUCGCCGUGCCAGAGAUUGUCCCUGGCGCAUUCGUUGCGGUACUACCUUGGGAUUGCGCUUUUGGCCGCGACGUUGAUCAGCGUCGCCAUGGCUUUGUGGCCGUAUCACAGACAGCUGGUGGGAAUCAUGGCUGAGCUGGCAGAUUUGCUGGCACAGUGGAUUGCCAGGAUGUUCCAGCUGGACGCUUCCGCCGAGGCUGUUGCUGGUGGAUUGGGAACAUAACUUCCACUCUGGGAACUGGUAACAGAAUCUGGCCUGGGUCCCGCGCUGUGAGCGAAAAAGCUGGAUUAAGACUGAGGGAUUGGCAAAUCCAACGGUUCCACAAUUGGCAGGGGUAUCCAUAGAUUUUCAAGUAAUCGUUUUAUAUUCAACCUUCAAUGCACAACCACCACUAUUC